CAGCCUUACAGACCAGUUUGAUAUCUGGCUAUUGUCGGAUGUCCAAUCAGCCGUGGUGUGUUGCUAAUACAUGAGCUCCUCCUGCUCCGUGUCCAUUCCUCACUUUCUUUUCCCUUCAGAUUUCUACCGAAAUUCCGAUAAAUCUGACUUGGGUAUAGGCCAUGGCGCAGUCACCUCCCUCUGUAAGGCAACGGAAGCCUCAGGAGACUCCAGUGGAAGCACCUGAGCCCGAGCUGCGCAAGGUGCGCAAGCCGGGCAAGAAGCUGGACGACGAAGAUGCAUAUAGCCCGUACCUGGACAUCUUUCGGGUUCUCACGUUCCUCUUUCUUGCUUCAUGCGGCCUGAGCUACCUUGUAUCCGGCGGCGAGACUUGGUCUUGGGGGAUGAAGAAUCCCCCAAAGUACCUUCAGACGACAUGGUGGAAGAGUCAACUUCGCGGCCCCCUCUACCUCACCCCCACCGAGCUCGCCGAGUUUGACGGCACCGACGAGACCAAGCCCCUCUACCUGGCCAUCAACGGGACCAUCUACGACGUGUCCGCGAACCGGCGCACCUACGGCCCGGGGGGCUCGUACCACUUCUUCGCCGGGUGCGACGCCAGCCGGGCGUACGUGACGGGGUGCUUCGCCGAGGACCGGACGGUGGACAUGCGCGGCGUCGAGGAGAUGUACCUGCCGCUCGACGACCCGGAGGUGGACGCCCACUGGUCGCGCGAGGAGCUGGAGCAGAUGCGGGUCGCCGAGCUGGAGUCGGCCCAUCGGCGCGUGCACGAGGCACUGAAGCACUGGGUCGACUUCUUCAGCAAGAGCACAAAGUACCAGAGGGUCGGGUACGUCAAGCUGCCCGAGGGCUGGCUGGAGCACUCGCCCAUGAGGAAGCUGUGUGACCACGCCGCGAAGGGGAGGGUGAAGAGGAAGAUUCCACAGAAAGAGGGCGAGACCUAGAUGGUGCGCUUUUGGUUUUGUAAUAUUCAUGAGUGUCAUAUCGUGUAGUACGAGUGAGCAUUUACAGAUAGAGUGCGACAUUGACACAAUGCUAUUCUUUUGGAAACAGCCACGCGGCCACACUACGGUCAGGGAGAGUCGGUCAAGAAGACCUAGUCUUUUGGGUGUCUGUGAUGUCGAACCUUCCACAUAUCCAGCACUUCGGACCACAAG